AUGACCACUCCAAAUCUCUCGGUGCCAGUAAAUGUCGAGAACUAUGCAAUUAGUUCCAAUCUCAACAGCUCUAUGACGUUCAAUUUGCUAAUGGACUUUUCACUUCAAUGGUACUAUCUCAACUGGUCGAUCGUCGUCAACGGAUCCACUCGAAAUUCAAUUUUUGUGGCAUCUCUGUCGUCUCCGACUUGGCUCCACAUAUUCAAUGAAUUUUUAUUCAACCUCCUGUUUGUUGUAUCUGAUGCACUACUUAUUUGGAGGUGUUAUCACGUAUGGGGUCAGUCGAUCAAGAUGAUUUCCAUUUCUCUGAUUUUUCUGACUGCAGAGCUUGCUCUAUCACUUACAAGCACAAUAUUUGACGGUACUUCUCCCAUUUUAGCCACCAAGGCUAGGGAAACUCUAUCCAACAACAUCUCUACAGCUCUAGCAUUUGUGUCCCUGGGCACCACAUUCUCUGCGACAUUUCUCAUUGGAUACAGAGUUCAUAUUCUAUCAAACUCGCACGUCCUAUCCUUCAAGUCAUUCUACAAUCGCAUAGUGUUGAUUGUCAUCGAGUCUGCAGCACUGUAUUCACUGGUGUUCCUCUUCUGGGGGAUUAUUCUGGUCAUACCAAUAUUCCACAAUUUAGAAUCUCCAUUGGUUGAGGUUGUCCCAUAUGUGGAAAUAGUGUUGACUGUAGGUGCUGGUUUGGCUCCAACUGUAAUGGUGGCCCGACUAGCAUUGGAGGAGCCCGAAACCUCACAUAACUGCAGUACGACUGUACCACCAAUAUCAAAUCUGUACUUCAAUCAUCAGUAUGGCAGUGCAGGUUCUAGCCAGGACGUUAUUGCAUCUGCUGUGUUAGCCAUAGAAAAAUCAGUAACGACAAAGGAUGUCCACCAUGGGAUUGUAUGA